AUGCAAAAAGAGGUUGAAGUCGUAAGAAAUGACCUAAGAGAUCUUCAUCUGGAAAAUAAGAAGUUAAAAAGCACAAUAAAGAAUAGUGGGCUGGGCAAGUCGUCGGCAGAAUGGAAAGAAGAAAUAAGCAACAUUAAAGGUGAGAUGGAAUUUUGGAAAGGAAAAGCGAUGAAAGAGGAGGAAAAGGCUACGCGGGAUAUGAUCGAGCUAAGGAAGAAGAACGCCGAAUAUGAAGCUGUGUCUGCUGAGGUAAUGACUAGUCGAUCUAAGUGUCAAGAACUAAAAAAGAGGAUACAAGAGUUAGAAGACAUGUUGCAAGAUCGUCAACAACAGCUGGAUACUCUCUUGAAGGCUUUGGAAGAAAAGAAUAGUCAAAAUGAUAGAGAUAUUCGUGCUUACGAAGAGGGCCUCCAAGAAAAAGAAAUGUAA